AUGUUCGGAUUCGUCAAAAUCGUUGCCAUUGGCCUCGCCAUUGUCGGUCUCGCAGCUGGCACUCCCAUUGCUGAGAACAUCGAAAACUCCGUUGGCAACUUCAACUCCACCAUCCUCGAGAAGCGCAUGGAGUAUCUCAAAUGCGAAACCACCGAUGGGUCCCCCUUCACAGAUGAUGUUGAAGAAGCCGCCGCUACUAUCGAUCGUAGACCCUUCUGCUGCCAGGACUCUGCCAGCAACUGCAAUGACCUCAUCACCAAGGAGAGGAGUGCUGCCGUCUCCAUCUGCGCCUCUGCCCAGCUCCCGAACACCUGCCCCCCCUGUGACGACGUUGCAGCUUACAUCCGCAAGAUCGCCUCUGCCUGUGCCUGGAUGGACCCUGUCUUCAGCCGCAAACGCUCUGGAGGCUGGAUCCAGAACGUCGGCAAACGCCCCGAAUACCGCAUCGUUGUCUGGCACAGUCGCCCCGGCAGCUAG